AUGAAUAAAGAAACUAGUGAAACUUUUAAAAAUGAAAUAAUAUAUGAUGAUCAUGAAAGAAUUAUGAAUAAUGAAUAUUAUGAUAAAAAAUGUGACUUGAACAAAAAUAUCGAAAAAAAUAAUACUACAAAUGAAAUUAAUAAAUAUUGCGAUAUCAACACUAUAAAGGAUUAUAAUUAUUCAAAAAACGUUAAAGAUCAAGUUACGAGUUAUUUUCGCGCAUGUAAGCAAGGAAAUAAAAAAAAUAAUACAUUGCAUUUACUCGAUAUGCAUAAAAAUAGAAAAAAUAUGGUUUAUAAUGGUUUUUUGAAUAAGUAUCACUUACAUAAAAAAAUAAACAUUAAGAGUAAAAAUAUUAAAAAAAAAAAAAAAAAAUUUCUAAAAAAAUAUGCAAUUGAUAAUAGUAUAAAAGAUAAUAACAAUUAUGGGAAUAUCAAAGAUAAUUUGAUAAAAGGUAAAAAUGAUUCUGAAAAUUUUACUGAGAAUACAAAUUUCGAUUUUCAUUGCAACGAAAUAGAAAAUAAUAAACUUUUAGAUAACAAUUAUUUAAAAAAUAUAGAAAGAAAAAAAAAUAUAAAUUUAAAAAUAAAAAAAAAUAAUAAUUUUAAUUAUCUAAAAAUUGAAAAUAAUAAAAAAGUUAAAAAAGAAAAUUUAACUAUAGAUGAUACUAAUAAUUUAUUUAAACUAAGUGCUUCCAAAUGUAUUAAUUGGGAAAAAAAAAAUAAUAAUUUAAAUUUAUCAUUCCAUAAAAACGAUUAUGCAAGUGAGAAUUUUCCACUUCAUUUAAAAAAAGAACAAAUAUAUGUCGAACUUUUUAAUAAAAAAAAAGUAAAAAAAAAAAAAAAUAAAAUAAAAAAAAGAAACAAUAAAAAAAAAAGUUCCACGAUGAUUAUCAGUAAUAACAAGGAAAGAGAAAACAUUAAUAUAUUUAAUUUGUUAAAUGAAAAUAAGAAUAUUAUUGGAUAUAUUGACGUUAAUGAAAAUCAAUAUGAACAUGCAAAAAAAAAAAACAACAAAGAAAAAACAAAUUUAGAUCAAAAAAAUCUUCCUAAUGAAAAUAUAAACGAAAUUGUUAAUAAUCGAGAAAAUCAUUUAGAAAACUUUAAAAAAAAUAGUAAAAAUGGAAAAUUAGAAAUAAAUUUUUUUUCUGAAGAAAAAAAGAAAAAAAAAUUUAACAGUCAGGUAGAUUUAAUGUAUAAUGUCAACAAUUAUUUAAAUUCUUUAAAAACAGAUCUUAAUAAAAAGAAAAAAGAAGAAAUAAGUUGGAAUGAAGAUAACAAUAAAAAUUCUAACUAUUUAGAUAAAAACAAACAUGAUUUAUUGGAUAAGAGAAAAAAUAACGAACAAGAUAAACUACACAGUGAUAUCAAUCAAAGUAAAUUAAAAAAUAAAAUAAAUUAUUCAACUUCUAUAAUAGAUAAAAGAAGUAAAAAGAAAGAAAUGAAUUGUAUGUCGUUAUGUGAAAGCAAUUAUUUCAAAAAAAAAUAUGUAUUAAAUAAUAUCCAUGAUCUGCAUAAAUGUAUGAAGGAAGAGAAAAAAGAAGAAAAGGAAGAAAAUGAUAAUGAAAAUGGAAAAGAAAAUAAAAAUGAAAUGGAGAAUUGCUAUAAAAAAAAAAAAAAAAGUUUUACAGAAUGCAAUAGGCAGUUCUUUGAAAGUUUUCGAGAUAAAACAAAUGAAAUUUCAAAGAUAAAUGAAGAAAAAGAGGGCAUUUAUUGUAAUAAAAAAGAAAAGCAAAUCAAUGCAUAUAAUAAUAAAAUAAUAAAAGAGAAAGAAGAAAAAGAAAAUAAAGAAAAAAAUAGCAAAGUUUACUUUAAAAUUAACGAACUUCACAAAGAAGAAAUAGAAAUGAGAUAUACUAAAGAAAAUAAUAUAAAAUGUAUAGAACAAAGAGUAGAUAAUUCAGAAAAUAUUGAAAAAAAUAAUGAUAAAGAAAAUAAAAAAAACAAAAUGAAUAUUAUUAAAAAAGAAAUAAUUAAUUAUGAUAAAAUGGAAGAGCAUGAUGACAAAAACAAAAAUGAAAAAAGCUCAGAAAAUGAUGAAAUAUAUAUGAUAAAACAAGAAAAAAAUAGAUUCAAAAAUAAUAUAUCACCAGAAAUAGAAAUUAUAGAAAAUUUAGAAGAGAUAAAAUUAAACGAAAAUUUCAACGAACAAAAUAUAAAUAAUUGUCAUAUAGAAAAAAUAGAAUUAAAAAAGAGAUAUGAAAAUACAUUGGAUGAAAAAAAUAAUUUAAAAGACACAGAUAAAAUAGAUAAUCAGAAUUUAGAUAAAAAAGAAAUAUUUUGUAAUAAUGAUGAAAAUAAUAGUAUGAAUGAGGAUGAAAUAAUUAAUGAAGAAAUACAAAAGCAUAUAAGUUAUAUAAUGGAAAAUGAUGAUAUUGAUAUUUCAAAAAUAAACAUAAAAACUAAAAAAAAUUAUAUUAAAAUAAUAUUUUUUUUAAAUCAAUAUAUAUUAAAAUAUGAAGAAUUUCAAAAUAGUGAAUUAUUAUUUUGUUUUGGAGAAUCAAGUGAAGAAGAAAUUAUUUCAGAAAAAAAUGCAAAGAAAGAAAAGGAAUUUGAAUUAAAAAAAAACAGUUCACUUACGAUAAAUAAAAAAAAAAAUAGGCAACAGAAAAAUAGAAAAAUAAAUUACGACGCUGUUGAUACUAUGUGGCAACCACAUUUUCAUCCCCAUAAUCAAGAAUUUCGUGUUCGAUAUAGAUAUAAAGGAAGUAUGAGACUGAAAACAAUUUCUUGUAAAUGUUUUGGUUAUUUAACCAGUAAAAAAAUAUCUGUUUUAUUUUUAUUCAGAUGGAUAUUAUGCGGAAAAUACAUUGCCGAAAAGACAAAAAGGUCAAGAUUAAGCAUUAGUGACAUAAAUGAAAGUAAAUUACAAGAACUUUUAACAAAAAAAAAGAAAAAAAAAAUGUGGCACGAUGAUGAAGAAUCAAAGCAAGAAAGUAAGGAAAAAAAAAAGGAAUUUUAUACAGAUAUAAAUAAAAUUAAUAAUUUUUUUUUAAAUAAUUAUAAGGAUGAGAACUUUCUUAAUAAAAUAAAAAAUAUUAUAAAAAAUUACGAUAGCAAACAAAAUAAAGAAGAUGUAUUAAAUAAGUUAAAUAAGUGUUUUUUAGAUAAAUUAUUUGCAGAUAAGGAAGAAACAUAUUUAAAAUAUUUUAAAAAUGGAAAAAAAAUAGAGGAACAUCCUAUUAAUAGUGAUGAUAAUAUUCAUGAUCAUUUUUGUAAUAAUAACAAUAAUGAUAAUAACGAUUAUGACGUUGAUAGCAAUAAUAACAAUAAAUGUAAUAAUAAUGAUAAUAAUAAUAAUGACAGAAGUAACAACAAUGUUAGUAAUAAUAAUAUUAAUACUAAUAUAAAUAAUAAAACUAACAUUAGUAGUAAUAGUAAUACUAAUAUUAAAACUGACACUAAUACGAAUAAUAAAAAUAAUAUUAAUAAUAACAAUAAAACUAAUAGUAGUACUAAUAUUAAUACUAAUAUUAAUACUAAUACCGAUAUUAAUACAUAUAUUAAUAAUAAUUCUACUUUUACUAUUACUAAUAAUAACAGUAAUAACAAUAAUAAGAAUAUUAUUAAUAAUAUUAAUCAUAAAAGUAAUAAUGAUAAUAAUGAUAUUAGUAACAUUGCUAUCUACAAUAAAGUUAAUGAUAAUAAUAAUGAUGUUAUCUAUAAUAAUAAUAAUAUUGAUAAUAAUAAUGAAAAUAAUGAAAAAGAACAUUUUUUAAAAAGUAUCAAUAAGAAUAUAAUUAAAGAAAAUAUUAAUGCAACAAAAAAAACAUGUAGUAAGCAGAAAUUAAAAGAUGAUAUAAAAAUUAAAGGAGAUAAAUUAUAUAACAUAGGUACAUCAAAUAAUAACCAUAUCUAUGAUUUCGAUAAUAAAGAAUUAAAUAAUGAAAGAAAUAAAAAUUAUAUAAAUAAUAUUAACCUUAAAACAGACAAGAAUAGUAUGAAUACUGUUUAUAAUUUUCAAAGUAAUAGUAGUUAUAACAGUAAUAAAUAUAAUGGGAAUAAUAACAACAAAAUUUUUAUUAAUGAAAAUAAAAAUAUCAUAGAUAAUUCUAAUAUUUUUAAAAAUACAUCUCAUAACAAUUUAAAUUAUCCUUCUUUAAUUUUAGAAAAGUUAUCCAAUAAGAAUGAGAUUAAUGAAUAUAAUAACUCUCUAAUAGAACUGAAGAAGUCAAUAUAUAUAAAAAACAAGAAUGACAAUUUAGAUAAAAUAAAAUAUUCUAGCAUUAAUGACAAAUUUAUGGAAUUAUUAAAUAAGGAAUCUGUUUUAAAUAGUCUUAAAUUGAAUAAUAAUUCAUGUAAUAAGAAUUCAAAGGAAGAUAAUUCAUAUUUGUAUGCUAUUUAUUACGCAAACAAAUGUAAAAUAAACAAAAACACUUCUUUUAAUAUUAGAAAUAAUUCAGAUAUUUUAACAUAUGAUUCAUAUUCUCACACAAAUAAUCAAAGAAACUUAAUAUUUAACAGAAAUAACAGCAAUAGUACAAAAAGACUAAGUAACGUUUCAACAUGUCCAAGUUUAUGCAAAAACACUUCAUCUUUAUGUUCGAUUUUACAAGAUGAAAACUAUUGUUUAUGUUGUUCUUUAUCUAACAAAAAAAAUGAAUAUAAUAAAGACGUUGUUAAUGAUGAAAAUCAUUUAAAAGAUCAAUUAAAAAAAAAACAACUAAAUUUAAUGGAAACAUGUGAAAUACUUCAUUCAUUCUCGGAAAAAUCUCCAAAAUUAAAUUCUACAGAAAAAAAAAUAUUUUAUAAGGAGAAAAAUAAUAUAACUUGUAAUGAAAAUAAUAAUUAUGACGAUAACUUUUGCUUGGAUAAUUUAUCAUAUGAUUGUAUGAAUAAAAUACUUUUUAAAAAUAAUAAUAAAGUUAAUAACAACAGUGAGUGUGAUUAUAAAAAUUGUAAUAAUAAAUUGUUCUCAUCUAAUGAUUCUUUUACACUUAAUAAUAACAUUAAAAACGUUAAAACCAAUUCAAAUAAUAAAAAGGAAAACAGAGAUUCUGUUUUUAGUAAAAAAAAUAAAACCUCUUCCAAUGAAAAAAUAAAUAACAUUAAUGAAGUUUUUCAAAAAAACAAUAAAUUAAGUCAUAUAAAUCCUUACUCUUUUAAUGAUAGCAUGAAGGUUGUAACACCAGAAAGAAAAGAUGAUUCAAACUGUUUUUACUGUCCUUAUAUUGAUAAUGUAAAUGAUGAGUUUAAAAUACAUAACAAAAAUUUAUGUACAAUAAAUAAAUGCACAGAGGAUGACAAUAUUAAACUUUAUCAGAAUAAUAAUAAAGUGAAUAUAAUAGAAGAAAAUAAAAAUAAUACAUGCUGUGAAUACUGCAAUUUUUAUAAUAAAAUUUUCAUUUUAGAUGAAGACAAAAGAUUAAAUGAAAGAAAUUAUGAAAAUUUAAUGAAUAAUAAAAUAAAUAAUUAUAAAAUUAAUAGUAGUGAAGACACUUUAAAAUAUAACAAAAAAGAUAUUACUGAAAAUAAAGAAAAAAUAAAUAUUUAUAUUAACGAGGAAAAUAAUUAUAAUGACAAUGAAGAAAUAAAUGACAAUGAUGAAAAUAUCAAUAUUAAUGGUAAUAAAAGUAAUAAAGUAUAUGAUGAUAAUAAAAUGAAAAUAAAAGAAAUACAUAAUUUUGACAGAAAAAAUUGUAAAAUAGACAAAGAUGAAGUUGAAGAAAUAAAAUAUAGUAAAAACCGUGAUAUUGAAAAUAACAUAAAUAAAUUCAUCAAAAAUCACAUUAACAAUAAAAAAGGAGGAAUAAUGAAUAUUUUUUUUAAUGAAUUAUUCAAUUCUACAAAAAAUAUUAGCACUAACAAGGAAAAUAAUAGUGUUAUAUCGGGUAAUGAAAAUGAAAAAAAACAAGAAAAUAAUAUAAUUGGAAAUUGUCUUUUUAAAAAGAACAAUUUAAAUAAAGAAUAUCAAAACUUAUAUUACAAUAAUACAUCUAACAACUUUUUGAGAAGUGAAAUAAAAGGAAUUGAAAACAGCCAUCAAAAUAAACUCGAAGCUAAUAACAAAUCAAAUUUAAUUAUUAAUGAAAAAAGUUUUGAGUUAAUAAAAAAUUUUAUUAAAGAAGUUAAAGGAAAAAAAUAUAAUAAUAAUAGAGAUAAUAAUAAUGAUGAUAAUGAAAAUAAUGAUAGAAAUAAUAAUAAUACAAGCAACAUCAUAUGCUAUCAUGAAUCACUAAAACAAAAUUUUAAUAAAUCAAGAAACAGAAACAAUUUUAAUAAUUUACCACUUGAUAAUUCCAUUAAUAAUAUAAGUGAUAAUAUUGAAGAUUGCAUAAAAAACAAAUUAUCCAUUCCUAUAAAUAAAAAAAUGAAAUGUAAAGAAAAUAAAUUCCUAAACUGCCAUAAUAAUAUAAAUGAAGAGAAAGAUAUAUAUAAAAAUAAAAAUCCUUUAAAUACUGAAGACUAUUCAUACGUAAUCGAUAAUCUUAAUUUUUUAAAAGAAAGCAAUAUAAAUGAUUACUUUAAAUCAUUUUACCAAUUUAAAAAUAAUAAAAAUUUUAAUUCAUGCAAUAAAAAAGACAUAUACUUCGAGUAA